AUGUUUAUCAAGUACCACGCGUUAAAACAAUCCUCCCCUCGUUGUUUCCACCAAGUGCUUGCAUUGAUGGCAUUCAUAGGACGAAAACCCAUACGACAGAUCGUCGUCGCAGCGCUGCUGCUUGCGGCGGUGUGCUUUAUCCACGCGAGACGCCAAGAACUGAGCAAGAACAGCAGAAGCAGCCUGCAACGGGACGUAGGUGCGCAACUGAUGGCUGAGCUGACAGCCGGGGAGUCCAGCACUUAUGGUAAAAAUGAUGGAUCAGGUGCAGACGUCAAAACACUGACUCCCGAGCAGGCGUGCUCUGCUUAUUUCGCAGCUCUUUAUGCUGCCGAUCCACGUUGGUGGAACGAUUACCGAGAGAACGCGGCGUCGUCGUCGUCGAGCGACACGUUUCAAGACUACGAGACCGAAAGACUGAGUCUCAUUAUGGAGCGCAUGCGCGUGUAUGAGGCUUGUCAGGCGCUGAACGCUCUUCCCGUCCAGAUCGCGGAUUUGGACGCUCGCAUGUUCCCGUUCAUUCGGCCGGGCAGCACGCCCUCGUUUGUCUCUGGUGAUCUUGGAAAAAAAUACGAUAAUGGAGUUGUCCCAAUUUUGAGCGGCGGUCCACAAGACACUUUCAAAUUCCAGUUCGAUCCAGCUCAUUCUUUUCUGGACAACUGGAAGCGGUUGUCCCAAAGGUCCUCAGGGACCACCUCCCGGGGCAUUGUUCUAUCAUUUCCCGACUCUCACGUUUCGAUGGCAAUCAGGCUUUUGAAGGUGCUGGAACACCAAAAAAAUCAAUUGCCCAUCCAAGUGGUUCACAAAGGUGACCUGUCCUUUGAGUCUCAGCAACAAAUAUCUCAAGCUCUACCAAAGGGUCAGAAUUUGUGGUUUGUGAACGUGAAAACAAUGCUAGAUGAGAGAUUUGCUUCAGAUUUUCAUACCUACAGAAAUAAGUGGCUUGCCGUUCUUUUCAAUACUUUCCAUGAGCUUGUGUUUAUUGAUGCGGACGCGGUAUCAAUUCUACCGAUGAAUUCUUACUUUGCGUUCGAAGAGUACAAGAAGACUGGAACCCUCUUCUUUCAAGACCGCGCUUUCGCUCACAAAUUCGACUUCUCCUACUGCGUUCCUGAGUUGAAGGCAUUGCAACCAACGCCUUUUGAAACUAAACACUUUGAUCGAACGAUGCCGAUAGAUGCGCAACUCAUGCUUUCGAUGGAUUCGACCACGGAACAAAGUAUCAUUCAAAGUUUGUUUGUAGGUCAGCAGCGUCACCAUAUGGAUAGUGGGCUUCUAGCGGUGGACAAAUCAAAGCAUAUGUCGGCAUUGUUGGCGGGCGUUUUUCUGAAUUUGGCGCCAAAACUCUCGAGAUGCGCCCAUGGAGAUAAAGAGUUUCUCUGGUUAGCGUUCCUUUUGACCAAUCAUGAGUACAAGUUUCAUCCAACAGCGGCAAGCGCUAUAGGUCGCGCCGAUGAGUCCAAUGAGAUUUGCUCAGUCCAGCUCGGCCAUACUUCCACAGACGGCAGUCUGCUAUGGUUCAACAGUGGGUUCAGGUUUUGCAAAUUUUCAGACGGUGCAGACUACGACUGGGACGCUUACAAGAAAGAUGAAUUGCGCAGCCGGUUUUCGUCGAUUGACGCCGCACGAGAAUUCUACAAGUCGAUGGUAAACAUUGAGUCUGCUGUUAUACCUGACCCAUCGAUCAAUCCAUGGGGAGGAGGAUUUGCCGACCUUUGCAUAGGCUACACUUAUUGUGCGAAAACCUCGGCGGGAGCAGGGGAAAUCGUUCAUUUUCCUGCUUACGCGCAAGAAAGAAUCAACGCGAUAGGCAAAGUCUGGAUGGACGCUACAGAAGCGGGACUUCCUUUCUUUAGCCCUUAA